AUGCAUAUCACACAGUCUCUCCUCCUUUUCGCUUUAAGUAUCAGCACUGUCUAUGCCGCAGCCAAUACAACCACCUCUCAAACCCAUAUAGUCCGCGUCGGCCAGGUCAACAAUAGCACCGCGCUUAGAUAUUUCCCCGACAACAUUUCCGCCAAAGUAGGCGAUACAAUUCAAUUUCAAUUCGCAGCUGGAAACCACACCGUUACCCAAUCCACUUUUGACGCACCCUGCGUUCCAAUUAGCCAAAGUUCAAAUAACACAGGUGUUUUCAGUGGCUUUAUGAAUGUAGCUGCUGGGUUGAAUAGUACGGGUAUGGUACCAGUAUUCAGCAUGCCGGUUAAGGUCGCUACACCGUUAUGGUUUUAUUGUAGUCAGGGGAAGCAUUGUCAAAAUGGUAUGGUCUUGGUGGUCAAUGAGAACACGGCAGCAAACUCAACCCGCUCUCUUGCAAACUUUGCAGCACUAGCAGCAAAAGCCACAAAAAAUAUCGCACCUACAUCCAACGGUACUUCAUCCACCUCUUCUUCCACUUCCUCAACUUCCAAUUCAGGCUCUUCGGGAUCAACCGGCUCCUCCUCCGGCUCUUCAGGCUCCUCAUCCACAGCAACAACACUCUCUCCAGCCUCAGGUACAUCUUCUAGUAACAGCGGAGAUUCAUCUGCAGCUGCAGCUGCAUCUGGAACAGCUACUACCAGCACGAGUCUUGCGGCCGCUACUGCGAAUGCAGGAAAUAAAUUUGGAGUACAAAAUGCGAUGGGAUAUGUGGGUGCACUUGGAGCUGGUGUAAUGGUUUUGUUGUGA